AAAAAUCUCUUUUUGUUUCGAGCGAUUGGGAUCGACACUAUGCCUGUGACGACGAGAUCGGCCUGGCUGAAAAGGGCGCGAGAGCGGCUCGCUGUGAGAUCGGACGAUGUAAUUCGUUCUGAGGUCGAGUUUUAUCGUGCCUGGAUCCAGAGGUUGAGGGCUUACAUUCUAGCUUCGCGCCGCAAGUUUGAGCUUUGCUUCCAGUUUGACCGUGUGGACGGGACUGUUGCGUAUCUCGAAACUAUGAUCGAAGAGGGGUUCUUCGUUCCAAAGUGGAGAUGGGAUCGUUUGCUUGAGGAGCGCUCUCGUCGCGAGGCAGCGCUGGCUGCAGUGGAGGUUCCUGAUCUCGAAGAGGGUGAUCUUGAGCCUCUCAACACCAGACCUUUCGAAAGUAAUGCGGAAAUCGAUGCUUGCCGAACUCGGAUCACCGUAUUGCAUCGCUACAUUAAUCAGCUAACGUCCACGGAACAUAUCUUCGUUGAUGGUAACCGUUCUGAAGGAAUCUGCUCGUAUCUUGAGAGUAUGACUGCUAGGGGUGUGGACGUCCCAAUGGACACGUUGGAAGCAUUGCGUAAUGACUGCCGAUCUUUUCGGGAGAAGGUCGAUGAACUGGAGUUCAAUGUGCCUUCUAAUGCCGAUCUGGGAAUAGAGGAUUGAUCGUCUGUGCGUGAUGCUUUAUGUUGCUUGUUUUAUUUUGAACUUGUGCCGAGCAUGGCUUGCUUUUGUUAUUCUGGUGUUGAGCCGAGCACGGCCUUUUGUUGGUUGCUCUUGUUGUUUCGAACUUGUCUGUUCUUUGGUUAUGGAAUAAAAUUAUGUUUUUCCUAUCUUUGGUAUCGAGUUGUACUUUACGGUGCAAGACGUCUCUUGGCUUAUCCUAUUACGUGUCGAAUACCAAAUGUUUAGGGUGGUAGUCAAGAUGAGCUCGUCAUACCUUUUAGGUGCGGCCCUGGUGUCCGGCUUAUCCUGUGGGUGCCACGAGGUCGGCAAGAAAGUGCAAGUGAGAACUUGGCUUAUACAGACUUAACCGCCUGCUAGCUGAAUGCGAGACUGGGCUCGGCUUUUUGG